CAAAAGGCCGAGGUCCCCGCCCCCCCGGGAGAGUUGGCGCCCGCGGAGCCCGCCCGCUGUGGCCGUCCCUGUCCCUGUCGCUGUCGCUGUCGCUGUCGCCGUCGCGCCGCGAGCGCCCCGCUGUCCCAGCCAUGCCGGGCCCGGCCGCCGCCGCGGGGCACGUCCCGCACCGCAGCGCCGAGGGGCAGGGCGCGCGGCGGCGCAUCGUCUGGAGGAACGUGGUGCUGCUGGGCCUGCUGCACGCGGCCGCCCUGUACGCGCUGGCGCUGGUCCCCGCCGCGCGGCCGCUCACGCUGCUCUGGGCCUACUUCUGCUUCCUCCUGAACGCCCUGGGCGUGACAGCCGGUGCCCAUCGCUUGUGGAGCCACAGGUCCUACAAGGCCAAGCUGCCCCUGAGGAUAUUCCUGGCUGCUGCCAACUCCAUGGCUUUCCAGAAUGACAUCUUCGAGUGGGCCAGGGACCACCGAGUCCACCACAAGUACUCGGAGACCGACGCGGACCCUCACAACGCCCGCCGGGGCUUCUUCUUCUCGCACAUCGGGUGGCUGUUUGUGCACAAACAUCAGGAUGUCAUUGAGAAGGGGAGAGAGCUUGACCUCACCGACCUGCUGGCGGAUCCUGUGGUCCGAUUCCAGAGAAAGUACUAUAAGAUCACCGUGGCGCUCAUGUGCUUCCUGAUCCCCACGAUGGUGCCCUGGUGCUUCUGGGGGGAGAGUCUGUGGAACUCCUACUUCUUGGCUUCCAUCCUCCGCUACACCAUCUCCCUCAACGUCACCUGGCUGGUCAACAGCGCUGCCCACAUGUACGGGAACCGGCCCUACGACAAGCACAUAAGCCCCCGGCAGAACCUGCUCGUCACUCUGGGUGCCAUUGGCGAAGGCUUCCACAAUUACCACCACACCUUUCCCUUUGACUACUCCGCCAGUGAAUUCGGCUUAAAUUUCAACCCAACCACCUGGUUCAUUGACCUCAUGUGCUGGCUGGGGCUGGCCACGGACCGCAGACGGGCAACCAAGCCGAUGAUCGAGGCCCGGAAAGCCAGGACUGGAGAUGGGAGCUCGUGAACGUGGGGCCGCCGUCCGCUAUGUCUGCCAUCGACACCUGAGUUCAUGGCUCCUGUUACUGUAGCUCUCUUGCGUUGGAUGUGGGUGGGGGCAGAGGGUAGGGAGGAAGCAGAAUCUAUGGGGUUUGGGAACUUUCUCUUUGUCUCAAAAUAAUGUCAACUGUCAAUGAAAAACAUUUUAAUGUCACCGUAACUAUGAUUUAACAUUAGAGUGUAAGAUGUGAUUUAGUCGCUGUAGCUACAGUACCUCAAACACACAUGGUCUCGUGCUUGUACGUGAUGUUGACCCUGACAGGAUGAAGGAGCUUAACACUGUCUCGGGGUGAUUCAGGAGAGUGUUAAUUUUCUUUUCUAGCAGUGAACCCAGCGCUGUUCUUAAACCCAUCAUCCGAAGGAGCAGAGAGGCAGCGCAGAAGACAGAAGAGUGGGUCCAGGGGCGCCUGGGUGGCUCAGUGGGUUGAGCCGCUGCCUUCGGCUCGGGUCAUGGUCUCGGGGUCCCGGGAUC